AACCUCCAGAAAGUUCUGACUGCCAGACGCCGCCGGCCCGUCGUCAUCAUGAAGAAGCAAAUCCUACGAGUCAAGCAGCUCGCAGAUCAAACUCUCCUGGGAGCGGACAAGAGCGAUGUGCUGACCGAGGACCUGAUCCAGGCCGAGAAGAGGGUGGACAGCAUCAAGCACACGUGCGCCUGCACCCACAAGCGCAUCCUCUCCUGCCUGCACAAUGUCUCUCUCGAGGACAACGAGAAACUGCAGAAAAAAGUGCCAGAGCUGGCCCUGUUCCACAGCUUACAAGAGUGCCACAAGAAUGUGGGCAGCCAGACACUGCUCGGCCAGGUGCUGUUGGACUGUGCUGGGCUGCAGCAGCGACUGGGACAGGAGCUGCUCAACUACGAGCGUGAGACUGAUCGGCAGGUCCUCCAGCCCACCAACCAGCUUCUUGAGACGGACCUGCCCAACAUCUCCAAGCUGCGGAGGCAGUUGUCCAAGCUGACACUGGACAUGGAUGCUGCAAAGAACAGGUACCAGACGGCCCUGAAGCACGUCCAGCAGUCCGGCAACCUGGCGACUACCGGUGGUGGUGCAGCGGGGAGCACCGGCGGUGUGGGCAAUGCGGUUGGGGGCAAUACAAACGUGACCACCAAGACUGAAGGCCUGCGCGAAGAAGCUGAGGACGCUACCAGCAAGGUGGAGCAGUGUCGGGACGCCCUGGCUGCAGAGAUGUUUGGCCUGAUCGGGAGGGAGCCCGAGUUUGCGCACCUUCUGGUCCAGUGGUACCAGCUGCAGGCCGAGCACCACCGGCGGGCCCUGCAGCACAUUGACGCCGCCCUGCCCGGCCUCUGGGGGCUCAUUGGAAACUCCCCCCAGAAGCCAGUGUUUGGCUUUCCUCUGGAGGAACACCUUCGCGUAAAUGGGCGUCGCAUCGCCCUUGUGGUCGAGAAGUGCACUGUCUGUCUGCUUGCCUCCGGCAUGGAUGAGGAGGGGCUGUUCCGUAUUACGGGUAGUGCUUCAAAGAUCAAAAAGCUCAAGAGCGCGUUCAACGCGGGUUUUGCUGACAUGAGCGAAUUCGAGAGGGAUCCCCACACAGUGGCAAGUGUGCUGAAACUGUACCUGCGAGAGCUUCCCGAACCAUUGAUGACCUUUGACCUGUACGAUGAAUGGAUGAAGGCUGCAAGUGUUUCUGAUGCCAGUGCUAGGCUGCAGGCUUUGUGGCAGGUGGUCAACAAUCUACCCCAGGCCAACCAGGACAAUUUAAGGUAUGUGGUGAAGUUCCUGGCUCGCCUGGUGGGCCACCGGGAGCAGAACAAGAUGAGCUCGCAGAACAUCGCCAUCGUCAUAGCCCCCAACCUGGUCUGGCCAAAGGAAGAAAACCAGUCACAGCACAUGGGUGUCAACAUGGGCAUAGCCAACAUGCACAGCUCUAUCGUGGACACCCUUGUCAACUAUGCUGACUGGUUUUUCCCAGGAGAAGAAGACUUCUCCCCCUCCGCGACAAGGACGACCCCGCCGGCCGAGCCCUUGGGUCACCAGGCCACCACCAAUGGUGAUGUCGAUGGUCACUUGGCAGGUCCUGGGUCAGGCUUGACGGGGCAGAGCCCACGCAUUCCUCAUCGGCCAGGAAAGAAGGCCGCACCCGCAGCUCCAAUGUUGCCGCCACCACGAGAUAGCAGCUCCAUUUUCGUCGGAUCCAGUCAGCCAUUUAGCACAGAAGGCCGUGCUGGAGUGCCGUUGCCCAUUGGUGGGGGAACUCUGGGCAGGCCACGACCGUCAGCCAAGCCACAGAUUGCCGAAAAGCCAACCACACUGCAACGUCGCUCCCUUGAGGGUGUGGUCGAGGGAGGAGCCACAGUCGCGGGAGGCACUUACUCGACUCAGUCACUGGAACGCCGACCCGGGCGGCACCAGGUGCCAGGAGUUGUCAUGCGACCGCAGCCGUGCGAGCGGCCCUCCGUGCCCCCACCGGAGCGACCCAAAACCGGAAGCCUCGAGAGCGUGAACCGCAAUCAUGUCCCAAAGGCCUCCGCAACUUUGUGCCGAGAUGCCGAGAGGAAUGGUGACAUGAUCAAUGCUGGAAAUGGCCAUAGUGGCAAGAGUAGCCAGCAGCAGCAGGGUCAUUACUCCAACAGUAGGAUGGACCACAGUGCGGACAAUGUUCUGGCGAUGUCGGCUGACAGCGUGAUGUUCGCUACGAGAAGCAAGGAAAAUGGAACUGCCGAUGGUAACAGUAGCAGCAGCAGCAGCAGCAGCAGUGAAGGUGCAAGGAGGAGGGAAGGCCCCGGAAGGCGUGGUUCUGGUGAGCGACCCUUGUCCUUGGACCACCAAGAGAUGCUGUCGUUCGCGGACGAGUCUGACUCCGAAGACGGCAGUUCUGUUCUCGUGUCUCCCACUGGCAACGAUUCUAAUGGACCAAACGUCAUGUGGAAGUCAUGCAUUGCCAGCCUUCCCAGUGAGGAGCACAGCACAGGACCUGUUCUUCUUCGACGUUCACCUUCCAAGACCAAUGGUGUAGCGCCGGAACGCCCCCAGCCACCACAGAUGUCUGGUUCUGGCGAUGUGCCGUUGUUUCCCCGUCAACUGGAUGAUGCUCGCUGGAACUUCCUGACGGCAUCUGAGGAGCAGCCGGUUCCUGAGCGACCCCCGAGGUCGAGCCCUUCCUCGGACACUUCAACCUUUGCGGGCAUCUCGGAGACUAAGCCGUCGAGGCAGUCGCCUGUCAUGGAUGCAAUUCACACGAUGGGCCCUCCGCCAGACCUCAUUACGUCUUCCGAACGACCAAAAUCCGAUCCAUCUUCCCCUACUAAGAGCAAGCUGGAAGGCAGCUCACCCAGUCCUGUGUCGGUUAUGCCGGAAGCAACUCGUCUGUGACCUGUAAUAGUCCAGCUUUGAAAGACAUUGUUUGUUAUUACCCCUUCUAUUUCUACCCCUUCCCCUGGGCACUGUCCAGCCUGUCUUACCUUCCUUCUUUUUGUUUUUCAUCUACUGUAUUCCUUGAAGGACACUGGAGACUGAUGCGCAGACCUCGCAAUACACAUUUUUUCAAAGGUGUCCCGCUGGUUUUGAGCUUGCCGUGAGUGCAGCUCACGGGACACCUGGAAUUAUUUUCUAUAGCCAGUUUUGUUCCUUUCGUAACUAGGUAUUGUCAGGAAGUAAUAGCAAGGUUUGUGGACAUGCUUCUUGAUAUUGCACUAGAGGUGUGUGUGCUUUUGUAAGGUGCAGCUGACCGUGCUUCAUUGGAUGGGGUGAAGGCAUAAUAACAUGCUACUGCAUCCUGGUCCCCUUACGUAAUGACUGCCACACUUUUUUUGCUCCUCUCCCAAGUGCAAUCACUCAAUCAUAAUUCAAUCACGGGUUCGCAACUCAAGGACAGUAGUGCAGUCAUGGGUUGGUGCAAGAAGCAGGUCAGGCUCACCAAAGAAAACUGCAUCAGAUGCUGUUUGUCGGGCUCAAGUAUAAUUUGUCGUCAUGCCGUGGCUAUUGUUAGUGUCAGUAAGCUUAAUGAAAACCCUGGAACAUCAUUUCACAUCCUUGUUUCUUUCUGAGGCAAUUUAGUUUAAUGUUACCGUUGUUUGACAAUGUGGCACCUGUUUAUUGAAGGAAUUUUUUUGCAGUGGUCUGCUCUUAGCAACGGAAUGAAUUAGGGAAGCUAAAACAUGGCAAUUCACAGAAAUUCUGGUGGAACUGUGCGAUGCACUGUGAAACUAUUUCGCUUCAAAGUCAUAACAAUCGGCACUGUUGUAACUACAUCUAGCCACGAGUGUUGAAGAUUGGGCGAGUUGGUUCGUCGUACUUGAACUGGUAUAGCGCAUUAUGGGGAAGAGGAAACGGCCGAGCAGACCGGCACAAGAGGA